AUGGAAGACGAGCGAACAUAUUCGAAGAAAUCUUUAGAAGAAUGUUCAUACAGAUAUUUGCAGCAAAUAGCGAAGUCAAUGAGCCUUCCUUGUAAUGUUAAGAAGGUAUACCUGAUUGAACUCAUAUUGGCCAAAAAGUUCAGUUCUGCAAGCGAGGUGAAGAGCAUCGUGCAACGAGUGAAAUUGGAGCGAAAGCAAGUGGCACAAAUUAGGAAGAGAUGCCGCAAAGCUAAAUUGAAGAAAGCGGAAAUAUAUUCACUAAGUAAAGGAACACAAUCUCCACCUAUAACAACAACACCAAAGCGUCCUGGCAAAUCGCUGUUACAUUGCAGUCCAGACUUACAACAAACUGUUAUCAAAUACAAACCAAACAAACGUCUGUACCCUAUACCACAUAGAACUUAUCCUUCUCCUAAAACACAAAAUGGAAGUGAUAGAGUGUUACGAAGUUUCAAUUUGAAAAAAUUAAAUAAAAAUUCGGGCUUUAUGAACAUAAAUGACACUGUAGUUGAGAUGAUCAAAACUCAGCAAAGAAUCAAUCCAAAAGAAACUCGCGUUGAAAUUGUGAGUUGUGAGGGAAACCAUCCAAAAUUUAAUGUGACUGCAAAAUGUUUGGUGAAAAAACACAAGCCGAGCAUACUAACUUCCGGUCCUUUGAGCGCUGUUAAGACUUAUGAAAGCAGAAAAUUGGUGCCUGUUUGUAAUGGAAAUACUUCCCCACCAGCUAAGAGACAAAGAUCAAUUAGCGGGAUAUAUCCUUUAGUUCAUGAAGAAACUACAAACAGAUGUGGCUACCUACAGAGUGUUGGUUUAAGAGGCAGAGACGGGAAAAUGUCAAGAAUACAGGCGUUAGUACAAAAACGCUCAACAUACAGAGAAAAUUGCGACAUACUAAACAUCCGUACCCCUGAAAUUAAUCUACAAGAUGUAAUUAAUUGCAAGAUAGAUGCUCAGAAUCUCGCUAGUACAAACUUAAUGGAGUUCGUUUUAGCAGAUACAAAUAUUAACAAUAAUUAUUUGCAACUACCUUGUCCGUCUCAAUCUAAUCUAGAUAAUCAGGAAAAUGAAACUCAAAAUUCGGUACAUUUGAAUAACAAGCAGAAUGUUACUGGAAGGGAUGUGUCUGAUGAUAUGCGCUCAGUGUAUUAUCAUAAGAAAAUUAGAGCAGAACAAAUGAGGUGUAAUCGGUUUGCAAGCAACAGUGAACAGGUUGUAGAUCAGAGAUUGCCCAAUAUUAAUGAGGUCUUUACAAAGUUCAAGGACGUUACACAACCUUUGUAUGUUCAAGUUAGCAACGAGUCCGAAAGAAUACUCAACAACCCAGUAAAUGUACCAAGAAAUAAUACUAACACAGGGAUGCUGGAAAAUAUUUACAAUAUCCGAAGUCAAUUCCUCAUCAAUCAGCCGUUGUUGCAAGUAUCAACAACAUCAAACACAAGAGUGGCGGUACCGACUUCCACUGUUGUGUCCAGCGAACAAUAUUCUUCUUCGCUAGUGGCGGAUAGUCAGUACAGAAAUGACAGUGAUGAGAAUUUACCGCGUCUGACGGAGCUCCUCGGAUCUCCAGAACAGAACACGCAUCGAAACGAUUACGUGUAUAAUGAAGAGCUUAGUACUUCAGCGUCAUCAAUGGACACGUCACAAUCGCAAGUUCUGGGCGCUUGUGUGACAAUACCCGAAAUGGUAGAAGAUGCUCUUGAGAUCAUCAGCCAAGAUGGCGACUAUAUGGAGCGCAUAGAAAUGGACAUAAGAGUACAAUGCAUCCUUUGCUCUUGGGCUGGACCCAAGAUUAUGCUGGAAAAUCAUAUAAGAAAGGAGCAUUCAAGCCAAAUCGACAAACAGUGUAAAAACGAAUGGAAUAUUACAUUCACUUUAGGAAGCCUGGUGCAAUGCCAGUUUUGGCUCAGUCAAGUUAUAGAAUACGAUUCUAUGCUUUAUGUUCUAAGCGCUAAGUAUGAAGAUCCUGAUUGUUUUAUGGCCUCUUUAUCUACGUUAACAACACAACAAACCAUACAUAAAUUUGGAUCAAUCACAUUGUACAACAAAGUCACUGGCGAGCCGUAUUUAUGGGAGGGUUUUAUAGAACCACUCCCCUCCAACUUGCCCUAUCACAACGAUUUACGUUGCUUAAAACUAGAACUGUCUAGACUUGACCUUUUACCUAAUAGCGCUAAUCUAAAAUUACUAAAUCGUGAAUUAACAUCACGGGUGCUGAACUCAACGUUUCGCUACGCGAAGUUUGUCCGUAAGCUACGCGCUGAGGAAGAGGAGCAGCGGAAGGGUGCGGUGAAUAAGGCCAAAGAGAUCAAAGAUAAUCAGAUCAAUGACUUCUUUCUUCGCUGUGACCGCAGAUCUCUUAUCAACGACGUAGCACAUCGCGUCGAUCUCUGCAUGGCCUCGUACCAAGAAGAUCUAAAUCAGAAGCGAGAUAAAUUGAAAGAUCUAUUCGCUCGUGAAGAAGAAGAGAACAUACGGAAGCUUGUUGAACAAGCGCAAGCAGGAGCAGAAGCGGUUUGGCAAGAGAAGAAGAAUAGACUCCAAUAUCUGCUCGAUAAGAGGAAGAAAGAACACGAGGAGAAGUAUAAAGAUACUCCGUUGUCAAAAUGUGUUCAUGUUCUGCCAUGCAUUUACAAGAUGCGAGCUAAGGAAGCGCAGGAAAUCCAGUUGUACCAGAUGAAAGAGAAGCAAGCGCGCAAGAUGGCGAAAAUGGAGUUCGACAAAAUGUGGCACGAGGUCGCCAUGAAAGAAGCUGACGCUCUGACAGCAAGAAUGGAGUAUGACGCUAUUGAACGCUUCCGCAAAGACAGAGAGUGUAAAGAGUACACAGAUUACCAACUGGAGCAGAAACGUAUUAAAAGGGAGAAGGAGAAAGAGAUGUUGAAACAGGAAACCUUGAGGUUUAAGUCCAUGUGGGAAGAGGACAAGAGAAAGGAAGCAGAAGAUGAACAAGCGCGAAAAGAAAAAACAUUAGAAUUAGCAGAGGAACGUAAAAGAAUGGUUGAGGAGAAACUGGAGAAGCUCGCUAACCAGAAAGCAGAGGAGAAGUUAGUGUCGGAUGCGUGGGAUUCCAUCGCUGGGCAAGGGCUUGCAGAUGAAAAGGCUAUGAUGGAACUUAGAAAAAGAAAAGAGAAAGAAUUAGAUGAAUGCAAUAAGAAGCUUAUAGAGCUAAAGAAGCAGUUGACGGAGAUGGAAGCUCAAGAUGAUGUACACAGAAGAGAACAAGCGCAGCGGAAUCAAGACGUGAUGGAUCUAACUCGAUGCGAAUAUUUGAAAUGGUCUCGAAGGACCAACGAGGAAGUUCGUCAAGCAAUGAAAGAUCAGAUUAAAGAGCGUCAGGAGGCCAAGGAAUUACUCAAACAAAAGAUGGCAGAAGAAAACGAAUACUACAGACAACUCUCGGCUCAGCUACAACAGCUGGUUGAACACAAAAAGAAAACAGAUGCAGAGGCGAAGAAGCAGCAUCAGAGGAACUUACUGGAGCAGAUGGAGUAUAACAAUUUAUUGAAGGAGCGAGCACGACAAGAAGAACUCGAUCAAAUAAAAAAAUAUCGCAUCGCUACGGAAGAAUAUGAGCAAGAGAUGAACAAGAUGUUGUGCAGGCCAUUUUUCAGCGAGGAAGUUCAUCCUUUUAUGAGGCAAAUGGCCAAGGGGCUGAAAAUGAAAGAGAAGUGUCCAUGUUCCAAGAGUGAUUAUUGUAAAUGA